AUGGCUAAGAGACACAGUCAUUACAACAGCCGAGGGAAACCUCAUGGCCGGGGAGGCUCGAGAGGUCGGGGGAAUAGGCGGAGGGGUGCUCGAAGACAGGAUCGCGACACGGGAAAGAGGCAAAAUAUCUGGCAUAAUUCUGGGCUGGCAAUGGGCGAUGGGGAUCUGGAUAAUCCCUUGAUGUCAGAUGUGUAUUCACAAGGCGCUGGGCGGUCAUUCGUGUCGCCUAGUGCUGUUGCGGACUAUUACUUUGGUCGGUCUCAGAACGAAAAAUCCAUGAAGAUGGGUGGUUUAAGGCUAGGAAGCCGCAAUCAGUCGACGAGUGAUCUCAGCAGCGCUAGAGCGAGUUUUAGAAGCAGACCGAUGGAGUUCAUACGAGCCAAGGAAAUUUACGACCCGUCGCACGAUUUGAUCGAGCAGCUGAGAAGGAAAAACGCCCACGACAAGAUAUCUCAAGCUGGAAACUUCGUGGACGUGGCAGAUGGCUCAGCUCAAGAGUCGCACCGUUGCGCCGAGGUGGCCUCUGAGGAGAGCGAGGAGGACGUUACACAGCUGAAAAACGAGGAGAUCUUUUAUGUCGAUACCACAGGGUCUCAGACAACUGAAGAUCCACAAACGCGAGCAGUACAGGUCGAUGAAGAGGUGCCGAUUCUCGUGGAGGAAGCCUCUGCGGUCGAGUUCAAUCCUAUUAUAACCGUUGGCAAGACUGAGCUUCCAGUGAAACAAUUUUCAGAUGGUAUCUCUGUCUCAGUGGACACGAGCAUAAGCUCAACUCCGGUGCAACAAUACAUUUCGAAGAUCUUGGCUAAUGUCAAGCCUGCAUCGGACGAAUCGGAUGAUGAUUCUUCGAUCAAAAGCUGGAUUGAGUCAUCCGACUCGGAUACUGAGCCUUCUCAAUCAGAGUCGCCUCGCUUAUCAAACAAUAUGGAAACUUUGAAGAUAGCCGAAGAGCAAUCAUCCCUCCAGAAAGGAACGAACGAGGCAACUGACUCAGAACCGGAGUUUGGUUUCCUUGAGGAGGAUUACCUAGUUGACCUCUCGGACAUUCAUGUGACAAAUAUGAGAUUAGGGGCAUUUGACAACAGCUACUUCGUAAGAUGCUUCAGUAUGUUUGCCGACCACGAGUUCAGGUGGCUAAGUGAGGAAUUAUUUAGUGAUUUCAUCCUUCAAGAGCGAAAGUUUCCCGAGCACCGCUAUGGAGCCUAUUUGAAAUUCAUAAAGGCCUCAGUGAUACCAACCGAACAGCCACCAACUCCCACUUAUUCUGACGUACCACUUUCCGACGAGUCAGAUGAAGAAACAGAGCUUUCUUCAAUUGGGGGCGAUAGCGUUGGAUCUGAUAUGAGAGAAGGUAUCGACGAUUUAAUUCACUACAGCGAAAAGUACAGCCAAACUCGCAAUCAGGAGUACCAAACUUGCUCCCUUGAGGCCACUGGGAAGGGUCGGAAGAAGAAAUUGCUAAUCGAUGAAUCUCUGGGCCUUGAUACGGAGAGUAUAGCCACAUUACAGGAUAAACUGAGUAACAGAUUAGCCCACAAGGCCAAAAAACGAAGAGACAAGCAGGAUUUCAUUGACUUGGAGAACCAAAAUUCAAGCGAUCUUACCAAGAAAUACCCAGCUGGCCUGCAUGUGCAUAAUAUUAGAGAUGAAUUUGAGCAUUUUCUAACUAGCAAUAGAGACCGUUUGACUUUCCCUGCUUUAGAUCCCCAUGGAAAUAGAACUAUCGCGAAAUUCGCUCAGCAUUACAACAUGAAAUCAUCCAAGAUAGGUUCCGCAAAUCAUACUCAGGUAGUCGCGCAAAAGACUAAGAAAACUCACCGCUCAUUUCCUAACUACAAUUUGAUUGAUCAGCUACUCAAACAGCGUCCGAUAUUUAUGCGCAUAGACGUCAGUCGUCCUAAGGAUGCAAGUGUGAAUGUGACCAAAACAACAAGGGUUAGAUUUCACACCAUGGAGGGACAAGUUAUUGGUAAAGAUGCGCCAGAAAUCGGUCGUGACAACAUUGGGAGAAGAAUUUUGGAGAAAUUAGGAUGGACCAACGGAGAAGGCCUGGGGGCGCACGGUAAUAAAGGCAUAAGCGAGCCACUUAUGGCCACUGUUAAGAAGAGCAAAUCAGGGUUAAGACACGAUGGAAAGAAGUAG